AUGGUGACAAAAACGAAGAAAGUGUUCAUCGGUGGACUGUCGGCCUCGUCAACACUCGAGGAUAUGAAGACAUAUUUUGAGCAGUAUGGAAAGGUUGAGGAUGCCAUGCUUAUGUUCGACAAAGCCACCCAGCGUCAUAGGGGAUUUGGUUUCAUCACUUUCGACAACGACGAGGUGUCGGACAAAGUAUGUGAGAUCCAUUUCCAUGAGAUCAAUGGGAAAAUGGUUGAGUGCAAGAAAGCGCAGCCAAAAGAGGUAAUGUUACCUGUUCAACUGAACAAAUCGCGUGCAGCUGCAGCACGAAAUCUUUACGGUCUUCCACCAGAACAGUUACUAGGUAAGAUGAGUAAAGUUACGUCACAGUUUUUGUAA